AUGGUCUCCCUUCUCUGCAACCCCCUUGCGACAGUGGAUCAGCUUGCCUCAUCACCCAGCCGAGCUGAUGGGGUUCCAGCUGACCUAGAGACCUCAUUGAGAUGGGCGGGAAGCGAGCUCAUUCAAGGCGCCGGCGUACUUUUGCGAUUGCAUGUCACCCCUUCCCCCCCCGUUACAUCCACCCCGUCUUAUGCUACAGUACAACUGCUGACUUUUCAUAGGCCGCAGAAGACAGUUGCUACGGCAAUAGUCCUGUUCCAGCGUUUCUACCUCCUGUCGAGCAUGCGUUCUUGUGCGAUUAUCGACACCUGCCACGCCGCAAUCUUCUUAUCUUCGAAGCUCACAGAGCAUCCGGCGAAGCCCCGAGAUAUUAUAAACGUGACUACCUAUCUGCUCAAUACCCCGUCACCUUCGCCGAUCUCCCCGGCCCCCGCUACCGGCCGAGAAUCGAUACCUCCGAAAGAGUACUAUGUUACAGAGCAGGAAUAUUACAACAAGCGAACACGCCUACUCAAUGUCGAAAGCGAGAUCCUAAAGGCCUGUGGAUUCCAGACACACCUUUCGCUGCCCUACACCCUUUGCAUAAACUACAUCCAGUCACUCUCGGUGCUCUCGGCGGAAUUUGUGAAGAGAUCGUUCGGAUAUCUAACAGAUGCGUUGCUUUCGCCAAGUCUUUUAUACCUAACACAUCAACCGAACUCUUUGGCUGUUGCUGCGGUAUAUAUAGGGGCUCGGGAAUGCGAGAUUAAGUUGCCAGCUGCGUGGUGGGAUGUGUUUGAUUGUGAACGAGAGGAAUUGGGGUUUCUGGUGGUUUGUAUGAAGGGUGUAAAGGGGUUUGUUGAGAGUGAGAGAAAUCUAUGGAGAGGUAGAGAGCCUAGCGUCCCUUGGGAGUUAGAAAAUUUAGAGAUGUACCUGGAAAGGAGAAGGGUCCUAGAUAGUGAGGUGGAGAUC